GGGGGCGGGUCUUUCUCUUUACUCUCUUAAAGUCUCUCUCUCUGGUCUGAUCUCAGCAUUAUUCUUCAGCACUGCUCAUCUUCACACGUCACAUCCACCAAAUCAAGAUGAUCUCAAUAUUCUGUGCUUUCUUCACUCUCCUGACCUGUGUCAGUGGAGUGACUGUAGUGACUCAGAGUCCAGUAAUCACAGUCAGUAAAGGAGAGACGGCUAAACUGGACUGUAAUCUGGGGACAGUAACUGGUUCUGCUGCUAGAUGGUACAAACAGACUCCAGCAGGAAUUCCUCAGUAUGUGUUAAGUUUUCAUCGUGACUGGAGCUCAGUUAGAUAUGGAUCUGGUUUCUCUUCUCCUAAAUUCACAUCAACACAUUCAUCUCAAACAGAUUAUAGUCUGAUCAUCAAUAAUGUGGAUGAAGAUGAUUCUGCAGUCUAUUACUGUAAGACAUGGGACGACUCUGUUAAUGAGUACGUAUUCGGACAAGGAACAAAACUCAUUGUGAAUGAUGCUGCUGCUGCUGCUCCUGUGCUGAAAAUCCUCCGUCCGUUCAGAGAAGAGCUGAGCUCCAGUAAACUCACUCUGGUGUGUCUGAUCAAUCACAUGUCUGGGGCUUUUGCUGAUGUGCGCUGGCUUGUGAACGGGAACUCAGUUACUGAAGGCGUCUUCACUGGAUCUGCUGAACAGCAGCCUGAUAAGAAAUUCAAGAUGAGCAGUUAUUUAACCCUUGAGAGCUCAGAGUGGGACAAAGACACACAGCUGACAUGUGAAGCAUCUGCUGCCUCCAAAACCACCAGAAAAAGCAUCAAGAAAUCUGACUGCAGCGACUGAACUGCUUGAUCUCCUCUUGAUUUAAGUGAUAGCAUUUCAAUUUGUUUGCAUGGAGUAGAAAACAUUAAAUAUUAAAAAUAAAGUAUCUUACUGUAGUUGCUUCAUGUUUAAAUGUACUCUGCUUUAUAAACUCCAAUAAACUGCUUGUUAAUC